ACAGACAGACAGACAAACAAAAAGCUUAUAGUGUGGGAAUCCUCCAAAUACAGAGUGGUUCUGACGCUCACUAGCUAAAACAAAUGACAAACAUCAGCUAUAUGUAACAGAAACCCCAGUUAUUUUCUCACAUAAUAAGCAGCUCAGAGGGAGAGAGUUCAAGGCUGGGGCAGUGACUCAGUAUCAUCAGUGUCAUUCUGUCUGUGCCCCAUGUCGACUUAUUGCCUAAUGGGUCAAGGUGGACCCCGCCAGCAUGUUUAGGUUCAAAACAGGAAGAAAGGGACAGAGCUGUACCAACUGUGUCCUUUUCCCUUUUAUCAGGAAAGCAAAAGCCUUUCUAGAAACAUCCACUUAUGUCUUAUUGACCAGAAUUGUAUCAUGAAGCCAACCCUGGAAACGAGGGACAAUUUAGCUGCCUCCUCCUGCAAAGUGUGAUUUUGUAAUGACGAAAUGGAAAAAAUGAAGCUAGAACAACGAACACCAUUUUCUUCAAUUAGCACCAAACCUAAAGGGCGAGUAGAAUCAGCUACUCUCUCCCCACCAUGUGUUUCUCUAAUGUCAUGUGUUCUCCAAGCUGACCUCCCAGCGACAGGACCUCUCAGGCCCUAGUACCAGUAUGUGCGGGGGGUUGCUGUUGGAAGUGACAGUCACAGGCUGCAGACGGUUCUACAGGAGAGCCCCUCGCCCCCAUUCUCCUCGGCCUCUGUGAUGUCACACUGGGGCUUCUUUCUUUCCACCCUGGGCUGUGCUUCCGAGGCUGCUGUGGCAUGGAGCUCCUGGAACCGGCAGAGGGGAAGGAGCCUACUGUCUCUGAUCUCCCCUGGGUGCACGGGAGGUCCAGCCAUGCCGCUCGUGAAGGAUGCCAUGCCCCUUGUGAAGGAGCCCCAUUCCCCCCCUCAGGCCCCCCUCCCCUGGAUGCUCCCAAGCUUGUUUGCCGCUUUCAACGUGGUGCUGCUGAUCACUUUCAGUGGCCUCUUCUUCGCAUUCCCGUGCAGGUGGCUGGCCCAGAAGGGGGAAUGGGCCUUUCCCAUCGUCACAGGCCUCCUCUUUGUCCUCACCUUCUUCAGUCUCAUUUCACUCAACUUCUCAGACCCUGGCAUUUUGCAUCGAGGCUCCAACGAACAAGGCCCCAUGGUGGUACAUGUGGUAUGGGUGAACCACAGGGCCUUCCGCCUGCAGUGGUGCCAGAAGUGCUGCUUCCACUGCCCACCCCGGACCCACCACUGCCCCUGGUGCAACAUUUGUGUGGAGGACUUUGACCACCACUGCAAGUGGGUCAAUAACUGCAUCGGCCACCGCAACUUCCGCUUCUUCAUGCUGCUCGUCCUGUCCCUGUGCCUCUACUCGGGCGCCGUACUGGUCACCUGCCUGAUCUUCCUGGUGCGCACGACCCAUCUGCCUUUCUCCAUGGACAAGGCUAUCGCCGUUGUGGUGGCUGUACCCGCCGCCGGCUUCAUGGUGCCACUCUUCCUGCUGCUGCUGAUCCAGGCCAUGUCCGUGAGCGCGGCUGAGCGCUCCUACGAGGGCAAGUGCCGAUACCUGCAGGGAUACAACCCCUUCGACUACGGCUGUGCCAGCAACUGGUAUUUAACAAUCUGUGCACCGCUGGGACCCAAGUACAUGGCCGAAGCCGUCUGGCUGCAGAGAGUGGUGGGGCCUGACCAGGUGCCCACCCAGAACCCGCACUUCCCGACGUCCCCCUCGGCGCUCAGUCUCCCAGCCCUCCCUGGGCCUGAGUCUAGCCCCCAGCCCCAAUCUCUGGGUCUCUACAAACCAGGGAAGGGUGCCCCCGGGAGUGGUGAGGCCGCAGCCCUGCAGGAGUUUCACGCAGGCCCGGUGCUGCCCCUGCCGAGGGAGGCCUCCAGACGAGGCUCCGUCCACCUCUUGCCCUUUCGCACGGGGCGAUGCCAGGAGCCCCUGAACCCGAACCUCCCCUCCUGAGCCCUUCGUAGAGACCUCUGUGGCCUGCCCUUGCCACUCCCCUGGCGGGAGUGCUGAGACCUCGCCCUCCACACUCCCCGAAGCCCAUUAAAUAGUCUUUGC